AUGAGUGACGAUCCAUUGAGAGACUUCACUAAUAUUCCACUGGAUGGAGUUGACCCAGAAGAACAACAACAAGAAGAACAAGCACAAGAAGCACAACAGCAACCAGAAGACCCAUCAUCUGAACCAGAAACCACCACACCAUCCAUUAAAAAAGAACCACAAGAUGCAUUAAAUGAAGAAAACUACGACGAUGAAGAUGAAGAAGAUGAUAAUAUCUAUAGUUCUAUCAGAUCACAUAAAUUAGAACUGGGAGAAGGUAAAGAAAUCACCAAGAAGAAGAUUGUAAGAAAGGCAAAGAAAUCAACUCCUGAAGUUCCAACUUCAAGAGAAACAUCCAGACCAGCCGUCUCCAGACCAGAAAGAAGCAACAGCGAGGAUGACAGUAAUGCAGAGUUUGGAUCCAGAGACACCAACAUUCACUCUGAUCCACAAAUGAGAAAACGAAUGUUGUUGGAAGAAAAAAUGAAUGCAGCCAUCAGUUCUAAAUCCACCAGAAGAAGAAAAGCCGACGAAGAUGAUCUUGAAAGAAUGCAAGAUGAUAAAAUCGAUCAUUUAAAAGACUUAAUGAUAAAAGCUGCCAAUUUAGAUGUUGAAAAAAAUUCUCAAGGACAAAUCGCAACUGAGAAAUUAAAAUUAUUAAGAGAUGUGACUGAUAUUUUACUGCGUGCAGAUUUAGCAAUUUCAAUCUUGGAUAAUAAUCUAUUAGAAGCAGUUAGAUUAUGGUUAGAACCAUUGCCUGAUGCAAGUAUGCCCGCUUAUCAAAUCCAAAAGGAAUUAAUCUAUGCAUUGGAAAAAUUACCAAUUAAGACUGAUCAUUUAAUCGCAUCAAAUAUUGGGAAAGUAUUAGUCUUUUAUCAACGUUCCAAACGUACCGAACCCGCAUUAAAGAAAAUCGUAGAUAGAUUAAUUGGUGAUUGGACUCGACCAAUCUUAAACAAAUCAGAUUCUUAUAAAGAUCGUUCAAUUCAAUUUCAUGAAUAUGCAAAAAGUCGAUUCUCAAAUCAAUUGGCAAGUGCAAGAAGUGGUAAUAAACGUAAUCAAGAAGCAAAGACAUUAUAUGAACAAAAUGCCGAAAGAAGAAAGAGGGCAGCUAUUCCAAGUGCUAGAACUGCGGCUUAUAAGAUUGCCCCUAGGGUUGAUGUUAGUUUGUUGAGAAGACAACAAUCUAGAUCUGCGGGUAAUGAUGAAAGAUUUAAGAGGAUUAAUCAAAAGUUGACUCUGAUGAGUGUUAAGAAGAAGAUUUCUAAGAAAGGUGGUCCUUCUAUUGAAGGUAGAGGGUUAGGUAUUUAG